AUGGAGAAGAAGAUAGAGAAGGGUGUUGAGGCUGUUGACUCGAGCUCGACAACAUUUGAGCGAAUAAUGGAAAAACUUAAUCACAUUGAGGAGUUGCUGACAAAUAGAUCAAGCAAAAUGAACCCAUCUCCCGUUCCAUGUAGCCAAGAUAGUACUAAAUCAGCCACGCCGCAUCCACCACCUGUUUCUGUGAUGACUCCACCGCUUCCACAUCUUGUUUCCAUAACGACUCUGCCACCACCACCUCCACCUCCUGUUUCAGUUACAAGUCUGCCACCUCCGCCGCCUCAGCUUCCUGUUUCCCUGGCGACGCCACCACCUUUGUCUCUUGCUUCUAUGACGACACCUACUUCUCUUAUAGACGCAAGCAGAGGAGGUCUUCAGAGCAGAGCAAACAUGCCAAAGCAGAGAAAACAUGCCAGAGCAGAGCUGAGUAGCAUGCCAGAGUAG